GGAAUUGUUAUUGUUAAUUUGAUCGAGUUUGAGUUUUACACUAAUUUAAAAAUCAUCUAUAUCUUAGAUUACUACUUUACCGACAGCCAAUUUUACCAGUUUAUUUGGUAGCCAUUAUAGGGAUGGCAGUUUGUGUGGCAAUUAUUGGAAAAGAUAACUCUCCAAAAUUUUUUACUUGUCUCAAUCCAGAUGAAGAGCUGAUUUUUCAAUACAAAGUUUUGUCCUCCCUAGAUGUAGUGGAAGAAAAACUGAUGUCUGUUGGUGUUAAGAGCGGUACCGAUUUCAGAGAACUAUAUUUAGGGAUGUUAUAUUCUCUGGAAACACACAAAAUAUAUGGAUAUGUUACGAACACUAAAAUUAAAAUUAUCAUUAUAGUGGAUUCUACAAAUUUGGCGUUGAGAGAUAAUGAAAUAAGAUCGAUGUUUAGAAAAAUACAUGCAGAAUACGCCGAUAUAGUAUGCAAUCCUUUCUACAUCCCUGGAGAAGCAAUUUGUUCAAAGUUUUUUGCAUGGGGGCCCCCAAAAAGUAACCGGCGGCUUUGUGUUAAUGCAUCGAGCGUUUCUCAGUGCAUCCAAGAAAAAUUUUUAGAGUCGCGAUCGCGGUCGGAGUGUUCUUCGCUGAACCUACCUGGAAGAGAGUGUAUCUUGUUAGUGUUAUACUUACCUAAGUCGCCUGACGGCGACUAA